AUGGGCCAACAGUUCUUCAGUUGCUCUCGCAGAAGAAGAGGCUUUACGUCUGCCUCUUCGGUUGGAGACGGUGGUGGGAUCCGAUUCCGCAAGACCCCCAUCGGUCAACCUUCCAUAACCACUAGCUACCGUGGAGAAGGCAACUCCAGCAGAAGUUUCCAUAACUUUGGUCAAAUGCAUAGGAUUUCCUAUGGUUCAGGCCACAGAGGAACAAACCGUGGAGAUAGUUUUAUUUCAGGAAGCUUUAGCUUUGGCAGCCCAGCCACUACUAGACACAAAAGUGAAAGGAUCCAUGAAGGGAUCUCAGAACCUCUAUGUUUGGGUGUUGACCCCCAAGAUCAUCAGGUCAAAGCACAUGAGAAAGAGCAAAUGAAGGACCUCAACACCCAGUUUGCUUCCUUCAUUGACAAGGUCCGUUUCUUGGAACAACAAAACAAGGUUCUGGAGACCAAAUGGACCCUCUUGCAAGAUCAAGGCUUGAAAUCUGGUGCAAACAAAAGCACCCUUGAUCCACUAUUUGAGGCCUAUAUCAACAACCUAAGGAAGCAGCUGAGUGGCUUGAUCAAUGAGAAAGGGCGACUAGAUGGAGAGCUGAAAAGCAUGCAGGAUCUGGUUGAAGACUUUAAGACCAAAUAUGAAGAAGAGAUCAACCGACGUACAUCAGCUGAGAAUGAGUUUGUUAUGCUUAAAAAGGAUGUGGAUGCAGCCUACAUGAACAAGGUGGAGCUGGAAGCCAAAGUUGAUUCCCUGAUGGAUGAGCUCAACUUCCUGAGGGCUCUCUAUGAAGCGGAAUUGGCUCAGCUGCAGGCACAAAUGUCUGACACGGCUGUCAUCCUCUCCAUGGAUAAUAAUCGAGACUUGGAUCUGAACAGUCUUGUCUCUGAGGUGAAGGCGCAGUAUGAGGACAUUGCCAACAGGAGCCGAGCUGAAGCUGAGACAUGGUACCAAACGAAGUUUGAGGAACUCCAAGCUACUGCAGGGAAGCAUGGCGACGAUUUGCGUAAUACUAAAGGAGAGAUAUCAGAGCUCAAUCGGAUGAUUCAGAGGAUACGGUCAGAGAUAGAAAAUGCCAGGAACCAGUGUGCCAAUCUGCAAACUGCCAUUGCGGAUUCAGAAGAACGGGGUGAGUUGGCUCUCAAAGAUGCCCGGGCCAAGCUCCUGGAGUUGGAGGAGGCUCUACAAAAAGCCAAGGAAGAAAUGACCCGCCUCUUACGGGAAUACCAGGAGCUGAUGAAUGUCAAACUGGCCCUGGAUAUUGAGAUUGCCACCUAUAGGAAGCUACUGGAAGGAGAAGAGAGCCGGCUCUAUGGAGAGGGAGUCAACCCUGUGAGCAUCUCUGUGGUCACCUCUGGUGGUGGUGGAGGUGGUGGUGGAGGAGGACUUGGUGGUCUUGGUCUUGGAGGAGGAGGAGGAGGAGGACUUGGUCUUGGAGGAGGACUUGGCGGUCUCGGCCUCGGUCUUGGAGGAGGCGGUGGUGGUGGUGGUUUUGGCCUUGGAAGUGGGCUGAGCCUUGGAGGAGGAGGUGGUGGCCUUGGAUCUGGACUUAGUUUUGGUUAUGGUGGCGGUGGUGGAGGUAGUGGGUUAGGUUUUGGAGGAGGAAGUUUCAGUUCGGGCAGUGGAAAAGGCACUGGGACAGGUGCUGGCUCCGGUGUGAAAAUUAUCUCCAAAACCUCCACCACCACCACCCAAAAGAGCAUCAGAAGCUAAAGCCUAAAGAAUCCCCAACAAUGAUAUAUAUAAAAGGAAAAAGAAAUGCACGUAUACUUCUGCUGGUACCACUGCAAAUCUUGUCUGUCACUAUUCCCUCCAAAAAGGAAUAUUCUAGAUAUGGAUUUAGUCAGAUUUUUUUUUCUCCUGAAGCUUCAUUUUGAACUAAAAUGACAAGAAAGACCCCCAAAUUCUAUAUAAAACAUUAGAUGUAUGUACUUGGACUACCAUCCGAUGUCUAGAAUUUUUUUUUACUGUAACUGAAAUGUGUGCUAUCCCUAAGAAAGCAAAUUAAAGUGUGUGUGUGCUUGAUGUUUUGCACCAAUGAUCAUGUAAAGCAGUGGUUCUUAACCUUGAGUUACUCAGGUGUUUUUGAACUGCAACUCCCAG